AGGCUCAGUUUAAGUUUCUCAGGGCUUCUCUCGUCUAUUGCCUUUCUGAACUGCCUGAAAUAGUAUGGGUCUCUCUGGUCGGAAAGUGAAGCAGCGAAUAGGUCACGAUCCUCGCAAUUUGUCCUGGGCAGAUGACGCGAAUAAAUUUGGUGCAGCAUAUCUCCAGAAACUAGGAUGGUCUGCUGGUACUGGUCUUGGUACAUCCGGCGAAGGUCGUACCUCGCACAUCAAAGUGCAUCAAAAGCUCGACAUGAUGGGCAUUGGAGCUGCUCAUCAAAAAGACCCGAAUGGUAUUGCUUGGAAGCAAGCUAGAGAUUUUGAAAGUUUGUUGAAGAGGCUCAAUGGAGAGAGUCCUUCAUCAACGCCUGUUGAUGGCUUCGUGCAGGCAGGCGAGGAAGAAGAGUCAAUUGAGGGUGAGAGAGAGAAGGGAGAGGACAUCGGGAGGCUAGACGAGACGAAUACAAGUAAGAAAAACAAGAAGGACAAGAAGAGGAAAAAGUCAAAGGAUGAUGACGAGAGUGAGGAGCCGGUAAAGAAGAGGAAGAAGUCAAGGACGGAGGGAAAUGGCGAUUCCGAUGACGAGUCAAAGCGAAGUAGCGAGAAGCAGAAGAAGAGAAAGGUCAAACCAGAAGAUGAAAGAGUCGAGGAGAUUCCUGCAGCAUCGACGUCGCAACCUACACCUCAAGCCGUGGUACCUAGACCACAUCGUGCUCAUAGAGCGCGAUUCCUGGCUGCGAAACGAAUGGCUCUCAGUUCUUCUGCCGCCGUGGAUGAAAUCCUAGGCGUGUCGCGAUCUACAUCUGGGACUCCCCUACUAUCUGCCUCAAUUCCCGGCACACCUGCAGAUACCCAAGGCGACCUAAAGCUACAAGAGCUAACGACUUCAUCCAAAAGCGUCAUGGACUACUUCAAGGAGAAGUUACUUGCGAAAUCCAGCUCAAAAGCUGCUUCUGCGUCAAUGGUAGCAAGCCCACUUCCCGAACAGACGUCCAGCCAAGAUGAUUAUGACGACUACUCUCAUCGUCCGCGGGGAGGCCUUGGGUUGGGCGCAUCCCGUGGUCUCGGCUCGAGCUUACGCCUAGAGAGCACGUAUGAGGAAGAAACAGAGACCCAAAAAACGGGACUUGGCGCUUCGUCACGUAUGUCGGCGAUGUUUGCAGCUGCAUCUUCUUUCGUUGGUGCGUCGGGUGAUGUGAAAAUCACUGAAGAGCGCGCCGUCGCUCUCAACGAGACUAUUGAUAUCUCAUCGAAGGCUGAAGAGAUGCCGAAAGAAAAGGCGAAGAAGGAAAAGAAGCACAAAGGAGUGGGGAAAACGACACAAGAGGACGAAAGGAAACGCAGGAGCUAAAACAGCAAAGACAUACGUCAGGAGAGCGAUGAUCAUCACGAAGCCGAUAACCCGCUAGAAAUACCAGUUGAAGCCGCUUCUUCAGUCAAUGAAUCUUCUCGCAAGAAGGAAAAGAGGAAAGUUAAUUCCUCGGCCAUAGAGGGGGAGGAACGUCGUAGAAAGCGGAAAAAGGACAAGGCUGGGGAAAAGGCCAAGUCGCGAUAGGAUGUGUACUGUAGCAUCAAUUGUGAUCUGUGACUCGUUUAUAUUUACUAUCACUGGAUCAGGUGCGGCGAAACUGCAACAGUUGAAUGGUAUGCGGACAUUGGAGGCCCUUCUCUUCAUUUUGAGCUUUAUAAAAAGUAUGAUUACGUCGUCAACUUCAGCGAUUCUGUUUCACUUUCCA